UUGGCUUCAGUCUACGAUCAAGAUUCAGGUGAUAAACCACUCACAGCAAAGGUUUCUUCAACAAUGCAGAAGUUGCAACACAAGAAGUUGCAAACAGCAAAGAUCUUAAGACAUUCAAAUUCAAAAGUUCCAAAAGACACAGCAGCAGGUGAAUAUGAAGUCAAAGUCACAGCUACAGAUGGCAAGAAGAUUGGAACAAAGAAGUUCACAAUCACAAUCAAGGAAUAA